AUGGCAUUAAAUAUAGAAAUUGCAGAUAGAGAUUGCGGAGUAUUACCAAUAACGUUAUGGAGCGGAGAGAAGUCUCGUAGGACGUCGAUGCUGAAGACCCCAGUGCAGCUGGUCGUCAUCCAGCACACGGUCUCCCCCACCUGCUACACCGACCAGGCCUGCGAGAGCAUACUACGCGGCAUUAGGAUACAUCAUAUCGUUGAUUUGGAUUUCAUCGACAUUGGAACUUCGUUUCUUAUCGGCGGUAACGGCAGGGUAUACGAGGGCGCGGGCUGGCAACGCAUCGGCGCUCACACGAGGGGGUACAACGAUAAAUCUAUCAGCAUAUCUUUCAUAGGAAACUUUAACAAUGAACUGCCAACAACUAAAGCGUUAAAAGCAGCACAAAAUUUAAUAAACUGUGGUGUUUACAACAACUACUUGACGAAAAACUACGAACUUGUGGGGCACCGGCAACUAUCCGCAACGCAGAGCCCCGGCGACUCCCUGCAAGACCUCAUUGAGACGUGGCCUCAUUGGAAGAAGUUUGAUUAA